AUGGCUGGCUACGGCCCCCCGCAGAUAUUAGACCAUAUGAACCCCGAUUUCAGACGGGCAAUGGCUAUCAAUGAACUGGUGGGCGCUGACACGAUGCGUUCCACCACGGCUGCUGUUGCUGCUGCCAGGCCGGGCGACCGUCCGAUGCUCGCGCCAACCCUCGACGAGAAGCCCCAGCCACUAGCCAAGAAGCGCAGAGGGGGCAGUCGCAGGGCCUGUAAUGAGUGCAAGCAGCAAAAGUUGCGAUGUGACAUUGUCCAGGCCCCGUCUGCGGCGUGCUCGCGCUGCAAGAGGCUCAAUAUAGAAUGCAAGGUCGAGUCCUCAUUUAAGCGGAUCUCCAAACGGCGGCGCAAUGCCGAGAUGGAAAAAGAGAUUGCUGACCUGCGGCGCCGCUUGACUACUGGCGAAUAUCCUGAGGGAAACGCUAACGAUGAAGACGACAUGAACGAUUCCUCUGGAGAAGUCUACUAUGCGCCUCAUUCUCCGCCGCCGUCGUCGCGCGCGCAGUCUCUGGCCGUUUCGGUCGAGCAGCAGGCCUCGCCCAUGAGACGGCCAGCGCCACCGCCUCAUGUCUCCAGCGAGGCUGCUGUCUCGCGCGGAAAGAGCACAUGGACUCUCGAGGAUAUCUCCUUGUCCAAGCAGCGCAUUACCCGGCUCUUUGAGCAAUACUUUAAAUUCUACCACCCAUUCCUGCCACUGCUGGAUCGGGAAAAAGACCCCGAGGAAUACUUUAGCUCCUCUGAGAUUCUUGCCUGGACAAUCAUCUGUGUGUCCAGCCGCCGGUGUCCAUACGAGUCUGGUCUGCUCGUAUCGCUCUCGGGCCCCUUCAGUCGCCUUUUGUGGGCUAGUAUUAGCAGUGUUCCGCAGAAUUACCAUGUUGUUCAGGCAUUAUGCCUACUGUGCACAUGGCCCCUGCCGACAACUAGUCAAAAAAGCGAUCAAACUUUUAUGCUAAGCGGUCUCAUGAUGAAUCUGGCAAUGCAAUUAGGUUUGCACCGUCCGGUUCAGCCGGAGGAAUUCACCACCUUUCGCAUGGAGGUCAGAGGGGAGGAGUUGAAAGACCGACUCCAGACGUGGUUUCUUUGCAACAUUGUGGCUCAAAAUGUUGCAACUGGCUACGGCCAGCCCCCGAGCACGAUUUACGAUUGGGCAUUGGAGCCGGCCUCUCUCAAGGCUGCGGAUUAUCGUCUACCAGAGGAUCUCAAAGUGCGGCUGCGGAUUGAAAAGUUUUGCGAUCGAGUGACUCGAAGUUUAUAUAAUGGCCGGCCGGAGCCCUCGGAGUUUAUCAGCAUGGAGAAACUGUUGCUGGUUGGAGUGCUGGAAGACGAGCUUCGAGAGAUGGAGCUGGAUUUUACGGACAACAUCUCACAAAUCAAUAUGAUCCAUCUACGUGCCGCCAGCCUCCACUUGCGCUACUUUGUCUUUCUCAGCUCGAACCCGCGGAGCGAUGACCUUACGAACCUGUUUCUCGCAACGACGACUUUUCUUGGCCGUGUCUUGGAACUAGAGACAUCGCCUGGAAACUUGCUCAUUCACGCAACAAACUACAUCCUGCAGAUGAUCGUGUCGGCGGCAUUCGCGCUCAUGAAGCUUCUCAAAAGCCCGUUUGCGCGGCAGAUCGACAUUGAUCACGGCAAGUUUUUGUUUAACGGGGCGAUUUCCUCGAUCCGCCGAAUAAGCGUGGUCGACAAUGACCGGCCGGUGAGACUGGCCAACGUGAUCUCUCAAAUGUGGAAUGCCGGCAACUUGGGCGACGAUGCGCUUCAUCUAGGUAUUCGUAGCCGCAUGAGCAUGAGCCAUGUAUACGAUACGGUGUGGCGCUGGCGACGCCGGUUCAAACAGCAGAAAGUCACAGACGACUCUCAGGUCUCAGCAUCGAAUCAAGCCAACACCGCCGGCGUGGUCGGACCUCAGCCGGACAACGCCCUCAAUGACCCCAGCCUGAUGCUAUCGACCAACUUUGAGGACAACGCGUUUAUGAACGAGGCCAGCUUUUCUGAUGUUUUCGACUCGUUGAAUUGGGUGUUUGAUGGGAUUCCAGAGUCUUUUAUUGGGGCGACUGGGAUGUAG